UGACGUUUUGGAGCUGCGACGCACAGCCCUGCAGACCAGAGGGAUGAACUGGAGUCGGAGCCGGCAGGUUGAGUGGAAAUCAAGUUUCUCCGUGACCCUCUGUGGAUAUAAGGAGGUCUGCGGAGGAGCCCGUAUUGUUUUCAGUGGAUGGAAAUUCGGGCUGUGUGAGCUGCACUAACGUCCAUGAGCAAAGUUCUAUCCAACAUCCCAUUCUGAUUUCCUGCCUCAGUGGAUGAAAUCCUGGAAAUGCAGAGCCAUCAUACAGACCUUCUGGAGCUGCUGGGUCACAGAUUGGAUCUUUAGGACUGAAAAGCUUUUCUGAGUUCAUCCAUCUUGUUGCAGAGUGAUGUGGAGUUCAUCAGAAGGCGGCAGGAGAGCGGUGAUCUGUUUGGCUGCCUCCGUAGCAUAGCUAGUGUGGGGACCCUGCAGCCUCACUUCUGCUUUGUCACUACGCCACCUUCACCUCUUCACCGCGGGGAUGGUAAUCCAUGAAGAGCCGGGACUCCUCUUUUAUGUGUGGAGAAACUCGGCUGCAACACUCAGCUCAUUGUAAAUGGCUGUCGUUACUCCAUCCUGUUGGUGUAGUUCACCUGACAGAAUGUACAAAGGAGGAAAAAAAAAACAUAAACCUACCAUCAAACAGAGAACUGAAUAGAGUAACACUGAGCUGCCACAACUGUGUGCACCGCCAUCCUGGAAAAGGUGGAAGAUCUACAAAAUUAGUAGUGUUAAGAGGUUGGAGAUGAAAAGUUAUUGAAAUGAGAGAAGCCAAAGGUGGAUUUAAAGUGAAACCAAAAAGUUGUAUCUGGACAAAGAUCACCUGAUUCCAGCAAACAUGGAUGGAAGACCCACCUGUGAGCAGUGUGGAAAGACUUUCACCAGAGCAAGCAACCUAAAACGCCACCAACGCACCCACCCUGGAGAAAAACCAUAUGAGUGUGACCAGUGUGGAAAGACUUUGACCACAGCAAGUUACCUAAAAAUCCACCAACGCAUCCACACUGGAGAAAGACCAUAUAAGUGUAACCAGUGUGGGAAGAGUUUCAUCAUGGCAAAAGAAUUAAAAAUCCAUCAACGCAGCCACACUGGAGAAAGACCAUAUUGGUGUGACCAGUGUGGAAAUGCUUUCACCACAGCAAGUAACCUAAAAAUCCACCAACGCAGCCACACUGGAGAAAGACCAUAUGGGUGUGACCAGUGUGGAAAGACUUUCACCAGAGCAAGUUACCUGAAAUUCCACCAACGCAUCCACACUGGAGAAAGACCAUAUGAGUGUGACCAGUGUGGAAGGAGUUUCACCCAAAUGAUUGUGCUUAAACGUCACCAACACAUUCACACUGGAGAAAAACCCUAUAAGUGUGACCAGUGUGGGAAUGCUUUCACCACGGGAAGUGACCUAAAAAUCCACCAACGCAUCCACAUUGGAGAAAGACCAUAUAACUGUGACCAGUGUGGAAAGGCUUUCACCACAGCAAGUUACCUAAAGAAACACCAACACAUCCACACUGGAGCAAGACCAUAUAACUGUGACCAGUGUGGAAAGGCUUUCACCACAGCAAGUUACCUAAAGAAACACCAACACAUCCACACUGGAGCAAGACCAUAUAACUGUGACCAGUGUGGAAAGGCUUUCACCACAGCAAGUUACCUAAAGAAACACCAACACAUCCACACUGGAGAAAGACCAUAUAACUGUGACCAGUGCGGGAAGUCUUUCACCAAAGCUGACCACCUAAAAAUCCACAAACGCAUCCACACUGGAGAAAGACCAUAUAACUGUGACCGCUGUGGAAAGGCUUUCACCACAGCAAGUUACCUAAAGAAACACCAACACAUCCACACUGGAGAAAGACCAUAUAACUGUGACCAGUGCGGGAAGUCUUUCACCAAAGCUGACCACCUAAAAAUCCACCAACGGACCCACAUUGGAGAGAGACCCAAGUCCAUCCCAUAAUUUCACACCCACAACCCACAUCCAAUCUACAUUUUACAUCUGUCCUCACUUAAGUCCAUUCACAAAUAUAAAAACCUCUGAAAUUAUAAUUACUCUGUCUAAAUUGAAAGAAAUCUUGAGUGCUAUUUGGAACAAUAUUAUUUUUUACUUUUUAAAUCAUAUAGAAUAUCCUGCAAUUAUAAAGAUUUCAAGUGGAAUAAAUCAGUUAUUGGUUUCUUUACAAUAUCCUACUUUAUUACUUACU